AGGGAAGCAGCAUGCAGAGCAGCCUCAAAGAUGAUUACUCAUCAAAAAGUGCGUGUAAAAAAGACGCAGUCAUCACCUUGCAGAGAUGUCCUGCAGGGUGCACCGUGCACGCAUCUUCGUGUGCCUGAGAGAGCGAGGAGCUUGUGGGACGGGCAACGAGGGAGAAAAAACCCCGGCCCCAUCUACUCCUCCACCUCUCUUUUAAUGAGCAGCUCCGAUCAUGCAGGAGUAAAAAAAAAGAAAAAAAAAAAGUCCAGGUGGAAGCUUGGCUCGCUUGCAUCGAGACGUCAAAUUGGUUGUGCGCAAGGAUUUUACAUCGGUGCAGCGGGAUUACUUUAAAUCAUCGGGAGCAUUCCAAGAAUAGCUGGCUCACUGAACCAACACACCACCAUUACGAUGAGGACGUCAGUGACUACCGUCUGCCUUAUGCUCCUGCUGUCUUGCGCUUGUCAGGCCAAGCCGAACGGACCGAAGAGCAAGAAACCCAAGCAAGUCGUACCGGCCAUCGAGUGUGACGUCAGAGCGGGAAAGAUCAGUCUGCCAGAAUUCAUAGUCAAAUGCCCCGCACACUGUAGGGAGACCAAGCAGCAGGUGUACGGCACAGGUGUGUUUGCCUCCAUCUCCAGCAUCUGCAACGCCGCCAUCCACAGUGGCGUUAUCACCAAUUCAGGGGGAAAAGUCAUUGUAAGGAAAAUGGCGGGUCAGAACAUCUACAAAGGCAGCAAUUCCAACGGUGUGCGCUCUCUGUCACUUCCUAAAUGGAGAGAAUCCUUUGUUGUCACAGAGGGGAAGCCCAAGAAAGGAGUCAUCUACCCUUCUACCCUUGACUUUGUUCCUUCAAGACCAACCUAUGUGAAGACGAGUCAAAAGGAUAAAGCCCCCGCGGUUACCACAACGCUUCCUCUAACAACAACAACAGCACCUGAAACCGCCACAACGAUGACGACACCUGAACCUACAACCACCACCACCACCACCCAGGCUCCCGCUACCACCACACCUCCUCCGCCGCCACCACCCACCACUGUCAAAGCUCGUGCUGCGGUGCACAGAGUCAGAGACGCAGGUAGCAGUCACCCGUACCUUGCCUCUGUAGCAGCUGCCAGUUCAAGACAAUCACAGAGUGCUCAAGGCAAAAGCCCCAGCCAAGUAUUCCGAGGAAGUGCCUAUCCGAAUAGAUUCCCACAGCGUGCCAGUGCAGGUCUGCGCAGAGCUGAGGCCGGGCCAGCAAUGAGGAGACAGUCAGCCUCUCCAGUCAGUCCAGCUUUUAACAGAGGUCAGGCGACCCAACAGGAGCGAACUCCAAUUGUGAGCCAGUCCAAUCCUGUUUUUCCUAGGAGGGACUGGGGCACUCCGUCCUUUCCUCGUCCUGAGUGGUUCCCUGGAGCCAGACGAUCAUCAGAUGUUAUUUAUACAGCUCCAGACUCAGGAUACGGUUGGAGUGACUCGGACACACCAGAUGUGACAGCUCAGGAUCACAGGCCCGAUAUAUCAGACUUUGAGCGCUGGUAUUAUAACUUUGGAUCAUACCUGUCCCGAUCCACUGACUUGGAGGGCAACCGCCAUGCGCCGCUGGAUACAACCCACACAAGAGUGGAGACAGUGGAUGCCUGGAGACCAGAUGCAAACCCUUACGAAUCAGGCUUUAACGUAAGAGAGCAGGCACCUGCUGCAACAAGAGCACCUGAACCUGUGCCACGGGGAGACUCAGACUGCAAGGUGGACUUGGUCUUCCUGAUGGACGGCAGCUGGAGCAUCGGGAAGCGGCGUUUUAAGAUCCAGAAGGACUUCCUGGCCGAGGUGGCUCAGGUCAUCAACGUUGGCGUGGCUGGACCCAUGAUGGGCGUCAUCCAAUACGGCGACGACCCCGUGACAGAGAUCAGCCUGAAGAGCUACUCUACCUCCAGGGACGUGAAGACGAGCGUCGCUAAGAUUGUGCAGAAGGGAGGCCUCUCCAAUGUGGGGAAGGCCCUGUCCUACAUCAACACCUUCUACUUCAGUGACGCUAACGGGAACCGAGGAGGCGCUCCCAACGUGGCCGUGGUGCUGGUGGACGGCUGGCCCACGGACAAGGUGGAAGAGGCGUCCCGGAUGGCGAGGGAGUCCGGCAUCAACAUCUUCUUUGUCACCAUUGAGGGUCCCGACGACAACGAGAAGCAAAACUUGGUGGAGGCCAAUUUUGUAGACAAGGCCGUGUGUCGCACCAACGGCUUCUUCUCCAUGCCCGUGUCCAGCUGGUUCGCUCUGAGGAAAGCCGUGCAGCCUCUGGUGAAGCGCGUGUGCGACACCGACCGACUGGUGUGCAGCAAAACCUGCCUCAACGCCAACGACAUCGCCUUCGUCAUCGACGGCUCCAGCAGCGUGGGCACGGGAAACUUCCGCACCGUGCUGCAGUUCGUGGCCAACAUCACGCGGGAGUUCGAGAUCUCGGACACGGACACGCGAGUGGGCGCCGUGCAGUACACCUAUGAGCAGAGGCUGGAGUUCGCCUUCGGUCAGCACAACAACAAGGCCGAGCUGCUGGACGCCAUCAAACGCAUCGACUACUGGAGCGGCGGCACCAGCACGGGGGCCGCCAUCACGUACGCCGCCCAGCAACUCUUCAGCAAGUCCAAACCCAACAAACGCAAGAUUAUGAUCGUUAUCACGGACGGACGCUCCUACGAUGACGUCAGAGCACCUGCACUGGCUGUCCAAAGUCAAGGCGUGAUUGCCUACUCCGUCGGCAUCGCCUGGGCGGCCCAGGAUGAGUUGGAGUACAUCGCCACCGACCCCGACAAGGAGCACUCCUUCUUUGUGGACGAGUUUGACAACCUCUACAAAUUUGUGUCCAAGAUCACCCAAAACAUCUGCCGCGAGUUCAACUCCCAGCCCAGAAACUGAGCGGCAGGUGGUAUUACGGAACACUGACUGGAAGUCUACUCUUUCUGUCGGCACACGUGCCACAGAGGCCGCCGCCCCGCUUGUGUUUGUACAAGGAGGGAUGUUCAUUUACGUGAUGAUUCCCACAGAAAUGAUCUUAAAGAAUCAGUGUUUGCUCCUAAAAAAAUCUAGCAGCGGUGCUGAUGAGAAAGAGACUGGACCUCAGUAAUGUUUAUGUGCUUGUAGUUCUCUUUUGAGUAUCCUCUUUUUUUUCUAGAUUUGUUUUAUUGUAUUUUUAUUUGUAUAUUUUUUUAAUUGUAUUGUAUUUUUUUUUACUUUAUUUGUAUUAAUCCUAAUCCUUUUAACGCAUGACAUUUUAUACCACUCUCUACCCAGCCUUUUAUGAACAGUCCGAAUGGUUUCUUCCAAAUCAAAACAAUAAUUCAGGUUGCCAGAUCCUCCGAGCUUCAUCCUAUUAUGGCAAUAACAUAAUUAUAACAUGAUUGCGCUAUUUAUCCACUAUAAAAAGAAGUCGAUUUUUAAACGUUUAAAUGGACUUUGCUCAGACUUAAAGGAAUAUUAAAGGAAAAUCUUUUUUGGGCAAGCUCUAGCUGAAAAUAAAAUGAUGAAUAAGCUUGUCGUCAUGACGGCAACAAGCAGCGUCGAGCACACAACAGUAGUCUGACUGCACACAUAACAGGCAAGUAAACACACAACACUACCGUUAAAUGUUUGCACUAAACAAACCACUAAGGAUUAAUGACAAACACGCACAAAAAAAAAAAAUCAAACCGCUUAUAACAAAAUGCCCCAAGACAUUCUGGGUACUCAAGUGGCAAUUCUUGAUCUGCCAGAGCACAAGAAGACGUAGCAGGAGGAAUCACUGUUGCAAACUUAGCGUGCAUUCUGUCACCCUAGUUGACACCCAGCAAUGUUAAUAUUUGGUUACAUGUCCCUUGGCAAGUUUCACUGCAAUAAGGCACUUUUGG